AUGCUCGAAAUGACAGCUGAUUCUGAAGAGUUUCUUGCUGUUGAAAAGCACUUGGCCAAGCAAAAAGGCAUGGUAGACUUCAAUUGUGAUGAGACGAACCCUUUGGAAGCGAGCUACAAGGCUUCCAAGCUCCAGCGAUGGAAUUUGGGCUUGCUGAAGAGCACCUGGUCUGCUGUGAGCCAAAGCCAAGCAGCCAAGGAUAACUUGACAAUGUCUUCCAGUCGUACCAGCAAAGGCAAAGGGAAAGGCACUGGAAUCAGUUCUACUGCACAGACUCAGCAGAAUCCUUUUCAUGAUGUUUCGUUGCAGAAGGAUGCACUGUCGGAAAUGUACGCCAUGUUUAAGAGCAAAGAUGAUCUUGAAACAGACCAGCAGUAUCGAGCUCGCAUCAGAGAUGCGCUUCCGAGUGCAGCUUGGAACUUCACGACUCCCACCUUGUUGCCUGAGGAAUGGGAUGCUCGCGUCUGUCUCCCGCAUGAGUUAUCAGCUGCAGGUGGUGUUACUUAUGCUAGAAAAGAUCAACUGCCAGCAGUGCUCAAGCAAGUUUCCUUUACUACUGCUCCAACGGCAGUGGUCACCACUCAGACUGCGAGAGACUUGGGUCUUCCUUAUAGCAGUUUUGCUAUCCAAUGCCGCUUGCAAAUUCGCAAUGAAGAAGGUCAGCCAGAAGUCGUGGAGGUCCAAAAGCACCUCACACAGUUGGGCUUUGGCGCCCCAGUGGAGAUGGCCGUGUCUGGACCAUGUGUCAUGGCACCUCGCACCAUGCACAAAAUGGUCAUCCGCUAUGAUGUUGAGUCUGGAAUCGCCCCGGAGGACCUCACCACCAGAAUCGUUGCAACCACACUCAGCGCCAUCGUUGAUGAGGUUUACUUUGUGGACGUUGUUGCUCGCAGUGACGGCACUGCCACGGCUAUGGUCCAAGACCUUGCUGUUGACAAAGUCCUGUGUGCUAGUGGUGUUGGGCAUGUGUACUUCAAACUUCAUUCUACAGAGCCAAAAGCAGAAAUGCAAGAAAUCUAUUGGCUCGCAGAAGGAUGCACACAUGAAGCAGCGCUGCAGCAGAGCAAGGCAGACAAGAUUUUUGGGCUUGCUUUCAAGCGAUCCACUCUUGGUCCUCGCUUUGGACUUCGUUUUGCUUCUGCUAGUGACUUGGAGCACUUUGUCAAAGCCAACAAGCUCGGUGAUCGUCACACCUUUGGUCGUUUCAAGAUGUCCAACACUCCUGUCUCCUUUGGUCUGCGGGGCAUCUCCGACAUGUUGGAACCACAUGGAUGGCGAAUCGAGGAGGUGGAAUACUUUGGGGAAGGUUCAGUCACCUUUCUUGCUAGUCAGAGAGGAAAGGUGGAUGAACUCCAUUGGCAAGACCAUCGAGGACGCAAGGUCCCUGUGCGCAUCCAAGCAAUCAACACAAGAGCAAAGCAAAUGGCAAAUGCGGCCAGCGUUGCAGCCCGAGCAAGCAGUUCAGUGCUGGUCUCCUCAGACAGGAGAUCCAGAGCUCAACAGCAGCUCUUCACCAGACCUCCCAAAGACAAGGAGCCCAGACCAACUACUGGCACUACACCGCAGAAGAAGGUCCAGAAGCAAGGGGCUUUGGAAGAUGAAAACUCGUGA